UAAACCGGAAGUACUUUGUGUCGACACCACCGCCUCUUUCUCAAAACAACUCCGUAUGUAGCUAAAUUGUUCAAGUUGACAACAAACAUACAUUAUUGAGUUGUAUAAUUCCUCAGACGUCCCAAAUCUAAUUUGGAAGUAACUCAUCCACUCAGAGAAUAUUAAGUCUUGUUUUUUUGUUUGAACUAUACGCCGAUAAGAGGAAAUAAGGGCUAACGUUAGCUAAACAUGCUAACUAACUAGCUACUGCUGGCUAUCAUUAGCUGUGAUGGCAGCACCAACUCCACUGAUGUCUGCGCCUUUGUUAAGUCAAAAGCAACGCAGGGCUGCUCUGAGGAAAGAGAGAAGAAAAAAGAAACGCCAAGCACUCGCCCAAGCAAGACAAUGUGGUUUAAAAAAUGGGGCAAGCUAUACACAUGAAGAGGAGGAGGAGGAAGAAGAAGAGGAAAGAAAUUAUGAAGAUGAUGUGGACAAUGAUGUUGCUGAGGAGGAAAGACUGCGGCUGCAUAUAGAGUGGUUAGAAAGAGAGAGGCUUGCCCAGGAGGAGUUCAGGUUGAGGGCUGAGAGGGAGGAGGCUCUAAGGAAAAGAAAAGAGGACGAAGAGCGGAUGAUAAAGGAGGAAUGGGAGGUCCAGCAGAAGAAAGAACAUGAAGAAAAAGAGCAGAAGCAGCAGGACAAACGAGACAGAGAGGAGGCCGUUCAGAAAAUGUUGGAUGAAGCAGAAAAUCAGCUAGAAAAUGGAGGACCGUGGAUGAACCCUGAGGCUCCUGCGACAAAGAACUCUGAGAACUUUGGGACGGAGCGCGACGUAGCCAACUGUCCGUUCUUCUUGAAGACCGGGGCAUGCCGAUUUGGAGACAGAUGUUCCCGGAAGCACGUUUAUCCCACAGCCAGCCCGACUCUGAUGAUCCGUGGUAUGUUUACAACGUUUGGCAUGCAGCAGUCGCGCCGCGAUGAUUACGACAUCGAUGCUUGUUUGGAACACAGCGAGGAGGAGCUGCAGGAGACUUUCCUCGAGUUCUACCAGGACGUCCUGCCAGAGUUGAAGAGUGUCGGCAAAGUGGUACAAUUCAAGGUCAGCUGCAAUUAUGAGCCACACCUGAGAGGAAAUGUUUACAUUCAAUUUGACACAGAGGAGCAGUGUAGAGAGGCCAUCAUCAGGUUCAAUGGGAGGUGGUACGCAGGCCGGCAGCUUCAUUGUGAGACGUGUCCUGUUACACGGUGGAAGAAUGCUAUAUGUGGAUUGUUUGACAGACAGAAGUGCCCCAAAGGGAAGCACUGUAACUUCCUGCACGUGUUUCGAAACCCUGGCAAUGAAUUCUGGGAGGCCGACAGGGACCUGCACAUGUCUCCAGACCGCAGCGUCAGGGGGAGUCGCAGAGACGGCUGGCAUUCAGAGAGAUACGGAGACCGAUCGUGGAGGCAACGUCAGUGCAGCAGAAGCCCGCCGAGAUCGGAGCGAUCCCACAGCAGACGAGAAGGCGACAGGCGGAGGAGCAGGAGCAGAGAGAGGAGUCGAGAGAGGUGGGCCCCCCACCAGCACAGAGAGGAUAAACGGUCAUCCACACACAGUGACAGGAGGAAAGAUUGGUGUCUGAGCAGGAGUAGAGACAGGUCGAGGAGUCGAAGUAGAGACCGAGCGCAAGACAGGCCGAGACACAGGAGUAGAGAUAAAGACAGGGAUCACAAGUAUAAGAACAGAAGUGAAGAGCGAGACAGUAGAGACAAACAUUCAGACACUCAGGGGAAAGUGAGAGAAAGGUCAAGAAGCACAAGCAGAGAAAGAAAGAAGCAAAGUAGAGAAAAGAGCCCCAAGAAAGCAGAGAAAAAUGAGAAGCCCGCUAAUGAAGAAACCAACACACGCCGCCGCCACAAACAAUCCAAAAAGAGCAAGAAGAAGAGCAAGAAGAAGCACAAGAAGAAAAGCCAUUUGCCUGAAGGGAUGACCUCAUCUGCAGAGUCAGAAAAGGAGAAAGAGUCAGAGGAAGAGAAGGUGGAGAAUCUGCCUGCAGCGAGUCACUGUCGGGAGAUGGAUGAAGCGGAGGUCGUUCAGAAACACAAUGACUUGGAGGAGAGUCCGUGUGUCGACAGUGAGACGUUUAAUCCUGAGGUGAAACGUGAACAUUCCAACACAGAAAUGCCAAGUGAUGCUUAGUGGCGCCUCCAUUUCAAAAUCUGUGAGUGUGUUCUUGCUUUGUCCCUUAUAACUAUGCGAAGGUUCGGGAGGAAUAAAUGACAUAUUUUGAGCAGUGAUUCAGUAAGUUGGCACUCGUCACCAACAUGUACAGAUGUGAAUAUUUUGCUUUUGUAAAAUGGUUAAUGUUGCUUUAAUUAUUGAACACUGGAGCUGCAGUACUACAUGGUUAUUGCUGCUGAGUAAAAACAAUAUGAAACAAAA